UGUGGUCAAUUACAACGUGGUCAAACGGGACGCUCCCGAAUUAUCUAAUGACUUUAUUGUGAAGUGAUUUAUUUGUUAAUUUUCGAAAAUAAAAUGCAAUAAUCGUUAAACUAAUGAUGGAGCAAUUAAAGAGCAAUCGUUUUAUACCGGAUAUAAUUGUCGAGAAGCAUUAAAAAUAUUUUUCGGAAAAGAUGCGCCAACUUAUUUCUGGUUUACCCAACCUAAAAUAAAAGCGGGCAUGGUGUCGGUCAUUCUUCAUCUCUGACGAAGACGACUCUGCACAAUCAAUGUUGAAAGCAUCGAGUAUUGUGUGUUGUGAUAGCGAGAUAGUAGAACGAUUUAUGCUUAUCGAAUUCGCUAAACGCCGGCUUUAAAAAUGCCAAAACGCCUUUGUCCCUUCGAAGCGGACUUGCUACCGCAGGUGAAAGUGCACGUCGGACAGAAACAGGUAAAUAACGGCGUGUCGAGAGACGAACGGAUGAAGGAUGUCUACGAUAAGACCUUGGCCCUGCUAAGGACAGGUGCAAAGGCGCUCUCCCACAAAUUGAAUGUAUCUGCGCAAAUGGAUUUUAUAGAUCUACCCCCACUGUCGCCUUGUAAAUUAAAAUCAACGUCCAAUCUAAAACAGAUGCUACUAACCGACAAAUUAGAACUGAAAUUAAGCGAUAAAAUUAUUAAUAAUAUCCAAGUGGAUCUUUGUGGAUGCUGUCGACUGAUAGAUCAAUCUACAAUAAGCAAAUGCUAUUACUGUGAUCAGACAUUAUGUUCUUCUUGUCUGUCUGCAUGUACUGGCUGUUCAGAAAUGUUCUGUCAGAAUUGCUCUCUACCUAUAUAUAAUCGCGAAGAGCAAAUCAUGUGUCUUAAUUGCUACCAAUAGUUAUCAGAAAAUAUUUUCUUUUGAAAAAGCUCUUUGCAAAUAUCUGAUACUUUUAUAAUUUUAACAAUUUCUUAUGUAAUUUUGUAUAGAUAUAUGUGUAUAAAUUAUUUAUUUGAAUCACAUGCUGUUAAUAGUAACCAAAUAUGGAGAAUUUUAUAAUUAUCGCAAAAUUUUGCACAAACAU